AUUUCCUAUACUUUCUAUUGCUUCAGAGAACGAUACAAAUAUUUAAGUUGAAGUUAUUUCUACAUUUUCUUUCUGUACAUUUUUUAUCCAUAUUUAUAAUGCUUGUUUCUAAUCAUAAAUUAUCUAAAAUUCCAAAAAAUAGACCAAUUAUAAAAUGGUUAUUAAGGCAUACAACGCAAAUGUGUGAACUUCAAAGAAUUUGUUAUGGAGAACUCCCUGGAGCACCAAGAACACUAGCUGUAGAAAAAUCUCUUAAAUUAUCUAAAAAUGCAAAUAUCAAAACUCUUUUACUCUACUUGAAUGAUCUUGCUGAUCAAUGUGCAUUUACAAAUCAAGCAAAACGAAAAAUUGUAAAGGAAGCUAUUGAAAGUGUAUUGGUAACUAAAAAAAUAAACCCAGCAGCUCAUCCUGAUUUUUCUAAAUCAUUUGGUAAAUGUAUAGAAUUAAUUUGGGGCUAUAGACAACUUUGUGUGGAAUGUGAAGAGCUUAGGAGAACACCUUAUGAUGCUGAUAAUCCAGAUCAUGAAUUAUUAUUAUUAAAGUUAUGGAAUUUAUUAAUGCCAUAUGAGCCUCUAGAUGCUAGAGUUACUAAACAAUGGCAACAUAUUGGCUUUCAAGGUGAUGAUCCAAAAACUGAUUUUCGUGGAAUGGGAAUUUUGGGAUUAGAAAAUUUAGUUUAUUUUGCUCAGGAAUAUCCCAGUGCUGCAACACAUGUAUUAUCGCAUUCUACACAUCCACGUUAUGGUUAUGCAUUUGCCAUAGUUGGCAUAAAUUUAACAAGUAUGGCAUUAAAAUUAUUAAGGGAUGGAAGUGCUAAGACUCAUAUUUAUAAUUCUUCAAAGGGUUUUCCAACAAUUCGUGCAUUUCAUCAAUUUUAUAGUUAUCUUUUUUAUGAAUUUGAUGGAUUUUGGAUUGAUUCAAAACCAAGCAAUAUGAUGGAAUUUUCAUGUAUACAAGAAAAGUUUGAAAAUAGUAUCAGAAUGGCAUUAGCUGACACAUCUAUGAUUUUUAGGAUAAAUAUAUCAGUUGAUAAUGUUUAAAAUAAAUAUUUUUAAUU